AUGGGAUCGGAGGCGGAUGCGGCGGAGAUGACCGGCCCCCUCCUUGCCGGCGCGCCAUCGGCGGUGGAGGCGAUGCCGCCGUGGCGGGAGCAGCUGACGGUGCGGGGUGUAGUGGUGAGCGCCAUCCUUGGGGUGCUCUUCUGCCUCAUCACGCACAAGCUCAACCUCACGGUGGGGAUCAUUCCUUCGCUCAACGUCGCCGCGGGCCUGCUCGCCUACUUCCUCGUGCGGACCUGGACCGCGGCGCUGAACAUGUUCGGCGUCGUCUCCAAGCCCUUCACCAAGCAGGAGAACACCGUCAUCCAGACCUGCGUCGUCGCCUGCUACGGCCUUGCCACCAGCGGGGGUUUCGGAUCGUAUAUGCUUGCAAUGGAUCAAAAAACUUAUGAGCUUAUCGGAACUGAUUAUCCUGGGAACAGGGCAGCAGAUGUCAAGAAUCCCUCGCUGAGUUGGAUGAUCGGCUUUAUGUUUGUAGUUAGCUUCCUUGGUAUUUUUAUUCUCGUUGCCCUGCGCAAGGUGAUGGUGUUAAACUAUAAGCUUACCUAUCCUAGAGGAACCGCCACCGCUAUGUUCAUAAACAGCGUCCACACUGCUACCAGAGACGAGUUAGUGGAAAAACAAGUUAGUUGUCUUGGAAAGUAUUUGAGCGGAAGUUUUCUUUGGCACUGCUUUAAAUGGUUCUUCAGUGGUGUUGGUGAUUCUUGUGGCUUCGACAAUUUCCCUUCUCUGGGCCUUGUAGCAUUUAAGAACACGUUUUAUUUUGACUUCAGUCCAACCUAUAUUGGAUGUGGUCUUAUAUGUCCACAUAUAGUUAACUGCUCUGCACUCCUUGGAGCCAUCAUAUCCUGGGGAUUUCUUUGGCCAUAUAUAUCCACAAAAGCUGGGGAGUGGUAUCCAGCUAACCUUGGAAGCAACGACUUCAAAGGACUCUAUGGGUACAAGGUUUUCAUAUCCGUAUCCUUGAUACUUGGCGAUGGUGUUUAUAACCUCAUCAAAAUCAUUUAUGCUUCCAUCAAGAAAAUAAUGAAAGCACACGCAGAGCAAGGAAGACUUCCCCUUGUUUGGGUUCAAGAUGAUGAUAACAUUUCCAAAUUAUGA